AUGUCUGAUAGGAGAAGAGAGAGUGUUUCGGGCCGGAAGCAGGAUGUGGGCAAGAGGUUGGCAAUAAGACAAGAUAAGAAACAUUCUCUUCCCAGAACGAGCCAACAUUUGAGAGGACGAGCUAACAUUUGAGAGGACGAGCUUACAGUCUUGAGAGUUUGCUUUCCUCUAGACUGCAAGCUCCUGAUUGAACACGAAAAUCGGUCUAGGGCUAUACAGAACUGAGAUGCUUUCAACGUCAGUAAUUAUUUGGUAACAACUUAAAGAAAGACACGGACACUGCGGAGAGAAGAGAAGUCCCAGGCCCCAACCAGGAGAAUCCGCAACCUUAGCCAUAAAGAUGACAUCCAAACCUACAAAUAAUGAGACACUGGUUAUGACACCCAAUAAUGGCAUAACUGUCAUCCAAAUGGGCUCUAAUAUGGCCCAUGGAAGUCAACAAGUGCCUCCGUAUUCUGGGAACCAUCUCCAAGGGGCUGUGCAGUUGAACUCAAACCCAACGUCAACUGUAUUGAAAGAAUACGGCCAGGUAUUUGGGACCAUCCAGAUCAUGAUUGGAUUGCUGCACAUCAUCUUUGGAGCUGCCUUAGGAACUGAGAUUUUUUCGUAUUACACCUCUUUGGCUUUUUAUGGAGGAUAUACAAUCUGGGGAGGUCUUUCAUUUAUCAUUUCAGGUUCCCUCUCCGUGUCCUCUCAGAAGAAUCCAACAAUUUGUCUGGUGAACGGGAGUGUGGCAAUGAACAUCAUCAGCGCCAUCUUUUCUAUAACCGGCGUCCUUUUGUUCAUCGCGGAGUUGUGCUUGAAUGUUGCACGUUAUUCCUUUGAGCAUAUGGCUGCCAGGGACCGUACUGGGACCGUGUUGUCAACAGGCCUGUUGCUCUUCUCUCUGCUGGAGUUCAGCAUCGCAUGUACAGCCUCUCACUAUGGCUGCCUGAUAAGCAGCUGCUGUGGCGGUGGACAGGUGAUGAUGAUUAUUCCAAAUAAUCAGAAUACCAGUCCUAUGCUGCCCUCUGGCCCCGUGUCAGAUUUUUCUGCACCAGAUUUCUCCAGUAAGGAUGUCACCCCAAGAGUCUAGACCCGUCUGCUAGAUGCUGCAGCUCUCCAAGUUAUGGCCAUCCGUAUCACCCUGGCCCCUCAGGGGCCAUUUCCUCCUAGUCCCGGAGCCUCCACUGAGAGGGAGCAACUCGGUCUCCUGGGUCCCCGCACGGGGCUCCCAGGUUACCCCCUGAAAGGAGGAGAGGAGAGAGGUGAAAAGACUGCUGGAGGCUUCUUCCACCCCAAAUCUUCCCCAUUUCUCUUUGGCCAAUAAAGAAUGAAUCUGGAAAA